AUGGGGGCCCCAUUCGAGGACCUGGUACAGUCAUUCACCAAGGAUUUAGGAAUGAACAGCACGUUCUUCAACAAGAGAAAUGUCGGUGCCGAAUCAUUGCCCUUCUAUCCACGGAUGGUACCAACGGAGUAUCAAAUCGAAGUCCUGGGCCCCUCUGAGCCAGAACGCCCACAGCCAGUGCGGGGAACUGUCCACGACGAGAAUGCCUGGGCUUUGGAUGGCGUCAGUGGGCACGCAGGAUUUUUCUCCUCUGUGGGCGAUAUCUCUAUUCUCUGUCAAAUGAUUCUCAAUAACGGAAUAUAUAACGGCAGAAGAAUCUUGACUUCACACAGCGUCAGUUUGAUGUUUAUCAACUUCAACGAGAAAUUCCCUGGAGAUGAGCACAGUAUCGGGUUUGAGUUGAAUCAGUUUUACUUCUCAGGCCCGAUGGCCAAUACGCUAGCUGAGGGCCACACUGGGUUCACGGGGACGUCACUGGUUGUUGAUCGGGCAUCAGACACGUUUAUGGUGCUCUUAGCACAUGCCGUUCACCCGAACAGAAAUUGGUCAAGCAAUAAUAUUGUUCGUGAGGCACUAGGCUACUGGGUAGCGCGCUCACUUGGUCGGGAAGUGGCUUUCCCCUCUUAG